AAAUAAAAAUAAAAAAUAAAAACAACCCAACAUCUGAAAAGCCCUACCUUAACCCCUGCUUUCCCAAUUCCCGCGCCUCCUCCACUUCCCAUAGCUCCACCAAUACAGGUGAGCCUCAACCUCCCCAGUUUAGGUUCUCCCCCCAUCAUUCCCAUGGCUACUACUAGCAUAGCAUCAAACACUGAGCUAUCGCGUGCGAUUGCAGCUUCAAUUAGACCCUCUUCUAAUAAACCCUUGGCCACUCAACAACCCAAAGGAAGAUGCACAUUUAAUCGCUUUUCCGAUAGAUUUCCGCUUCUUUCAGUGAGAGCUACAAGCAAUAGUUCGAUGUCCAAGGAAAAUAGCAGCAAAAGCGGUGAUGGGGCUGGUGGAGGACUUACAUACAAGGAUGCUGGGGUGGAUAUAGAUGCUGGGUCUGAGCUUGUUCGGCGAAUUGCAAAGAUGGCUCCUGGGAUUGGUGGUUUUGGUGGUCUUUUCCCUCUUGGGGAUUCGUACCUAGUUGCAGGUACGGAUGGUGUAGGGACUAAGCUAAAGCUUGCAUUUGAAACUGGAAUCCAUGAAACCAUUGGAAUUGAUCUGGUUGCUAUGAGUGUAAACGAUAUUGUUACUUCCGGUGCAAAGCCCUUGUUUUUUCUUGAUUACUAUGCUACAAGCCGCCUUGAUGUUGACCUUGCUGAAAAGGUCAUUAAAGGCAUAGUUGAUGGUUGUCAACAAUCGGACUGCACUCUUUUAGGGGGAGAGACUGCAGAGAUGCCAGGUUUCUAUGCAGAAGGUGAGUAUGACCUUAGCGGGUUUGCUGUUGGCAUUGUAAAAAAGGAAUCAGUGAUUGAUGGGAAAAACAUUGCGGCCGGGGAUGUUCUCAUUGGUUUGCCAUCGAGUGGAGUCCAUUCCAAUGGUUUCUCUCUUGUAAGAAGGGUUCUAGCUCAGAGUGGCUUGUCUUUGAAUGACCAACUUCCUGGUGGAAGUGUUACUUUGGGUGAAGCUCUUAUGGCUCCAACUUCUAUCUAUGUCAAGCAGGUGCUUGAUUUGAUUAGCAAGGGCGGUGUAAAGGGCAUAGCUCACAUCACUGGAGGCGGUUUUACAGAUAACAUACCAAGAGUUUUCCCGAAAGGCCUUGGAGCUUUUAUAUACAAGGAUUCAUGGGAAGUCCCAACCCUUUUCAAAUGGAUCCAAGAGGCUGGAAGAAUAGAAGAUGCUGAGAUGAGUCGGACUUUUAACAUGGGCAUUGGGAUGGUUCUGGUCAUGACCGAGGAAGCAUCUCGCAGAAUUCUUGAGGAGGGACAACAUAAGGCAUAUCGCAUUGGUGAGGUUGUACAUGGUGAAGGAGUGAGCUAUCACUAAAAUACUACCACAUGUUUAAACAUGUACGUGCAUGCGGAGAUGAGAGAUAUAGAGAUUAACGGCUUUUCUUUAUUCCUGUCACAUGAGCUGCCACCAAAAAUCUUAGUGCCAAGACAGAUGGUGGGACAAAAAAUCUUACAUUUGUAGACUCAAUGUAAUCCAUGGCUGAUGACCGAUCCUCACUUGACAAUGCCUUUAUCAUUUGUGCUUUUUUAUUUUCUGAAAAGUUGCUGGGUAUUCUAAAAAAAAGAGAGAAUUUCCAGGUUACCUUUUCAAAAUCUUAAAAUUUAGGUGGGUAACCGAGCCCAAAUCAAUGGUGGUUUGUCAUGCUCUGCUAAUAAUACAAUUGAAGUGCUUUUUUUA